UUAGACAGUUCGGCGAUUCUCUCUUUCUUUCCGGCUCGUCGCAGAGUCUAGUGAACACACAUUUUGUGUAUCAUUAAAUUUACAUUUUAAGCCUCUCGUAGGGCGUCGAAAUGGGACGCGUCAUUCGCGCACAGCGUAAAGGUGCCGGAUCCGUUUUCCGGGCACACACCAAGAAGCGAAAGGGACAGCCUAAGCUGCGCCACCUUGACUACGCUGAACGUCAUGGAUACCUGAAGGGAGUCGUGAAGCAAAUCAUCCACGAUCCAGGCCGUGGUGCCCCGCUGGCGGUCGUGCACUUCCGCGACCCGUACAAGUUCAAGAUUCGCAAGCAGCUGUUCAUCGCCGCCGAGGGCAUGUACACCGGCCAGUUCGUGUACUGUGGUCACCGUGCCCAGCUGCAGAUUGGCAACGUGCUGCCGAUCGGUCUGAUGCCCGAAGGUACCAUCGUGUGCAACCUGGAGGAGAAGACCGGUGACCGUGGCAAGCUGGCCCGUACCUCGGGCAACUACGCCUCGGUGAUCGCUCACAACCCGGACACCAAGCGCACCCGUGUGAAGCUGCCGUCCGGUGCCAAGAAGGUGCUGUCGUCGGCCAACCGUGCCAUGGUUGGCAUCGUUGCCGGUGGCGGUCGUAUCGACAAGCCCAUCCUGAAGGCCGGUCGUGCGUACCACAAGUACAAGGUGAAGCGUAACUGCUGGCCGAAGGUGCGUGGUGUGGCGAUGAACCCCGUCGAGCAUCCGCACGGUGGUGGUAACCAUCAGCACAUCGGUAAGGCUUCGACUGUCAUGCGAGGCACGCCCCCGGGUCGCAAGGUCGGUCUCAUUGCUGCCCGUCGUACCGGUCGUAUCCGUGGUGGCAAGGGCGACGAGAAGUUCAAGGAGAAGGAGAAGAAGUAAGCGGGACGAACGGUCGUAUGUCGUCGUGGUGGGGGUGGAGGUGGUCAUCCGCUACUACGAUCUUCUAUUUUUGUUGAUAUGGAGAGCAAGUGACUGUCAACAUUCGGCACAUGAUGAUUGCGAAAGGAAGACAGUGGAGAAAGUGUAAAUGGAGGUUGAAAGAUAAUAAAAAAAAGAAACCUUCCAAACAAA